GUGACCUACCCACUCCUUGCAGCCUUCGCUCGCACCUUCUCCAACACCCGGGCAUCCCUGCACCACCUGCUCGGGCAGCCCCGGCGGGCUCUGGGACUUGCUGUGCGCGCUGACAGGAAGGCAAGCUCCAAACCCGUGCCUGGCAGACGGGCUGUCGCGGCUGCACCACCAGCAGGAGGAGGCGGAGAAGAAACUAUUUCGCCCACCCAAACCCCAUUCUGCGGGUGCUUCGCCGCUGCCGCUUCUACUGCCGCCGAUCCGCGUUCGCGGGUUCGAACACCGCAGCGGCGGGGACGCUGGGUCCAGCGGGCGCCGGGAGGAGAACACCAGCGGAGACCUGAACUCGUGUGCCCCGCUCACCAGCAUCUCUUGCCCACUCGUUCCUUCCCCAGCCCUUUAGAGAGAGGACCAUGAUUUGGAAACGCAGCGCGGUUCUCCGCUUCUACAGUGUCUGCGGGCUCCUGCUACAAGCGGCCGCAUCAAAGAACAAAGUCAAAGGCAGCCAAGGGCAGUUCCCACUAACACAGAACGUAACAGUUGUUGAAGGAGGAACUGCAAUUUUGACCUGCAGGGUUGAUCAAAAUGAUAACACCUCCCUCCAGUGGUCAAAUCCAGCUCAACAGACUCUCUACUUUGAUGACAAGAAAGCUUUGAGGGACAAUAGGAUCGAGCUGGUCCGUGCUUCCUGGCACGAAUUGAGUAUCAGCGUCAGUGAUGUGUCUCUGUCUGAUGAAGGACAGUACACCUGUUCUUUAUUUACCAUGCCUGUCAAAACUUCCAAGGCCUAUCUCACAGUCCUGGGUGUUCCUGAGAAGCCUCAAAUUAGUGGAUUUUCAUCACCAGUUAUGGAGGGAGACUUGAUGCAGCUGACUUGUAAAACGUCUGGUAGCAAACCUGCAGCUGAUAUAAGGUGGUUCAAAAAUGACAAAGAGAUCAAAGAUGUAAAAUAUUUAAAAGAAGAGGAUGCAAAUCGCAAGACAUUCACCGUCAGCAGCACACUGGAUUUCCGAGUGGACCGGAGUGACGAUGGAGUGGCUGUAAUCUGCAGAGUAGACCAUGAAUCCCUCAAUGCCACCCCUCAGGUAGCCAUGCAGGUGCUCGAAAUACACUAUACACCAUCAGUGAAGAUUAUACCAUCCACUCCCUUUCCACAAGAAGGACAGCCUUUAAUCUUGACUUGUGAAUCCAAAGGAAAACCACUGCCAGAACCUGUUUUGUGGACGAAGGAUGGUGGAGAAUUACCAGACCCUGACCGAAUGGUUGUGAGUGGUAGGGAGCUAAACAUUCUUUUCCUGAACAAAACGGAUAAUGGUACAUAUCGAUGUGAAGCAACGAACACCAUUGGCCAAAGCAGUGCAGAGUAUGUGCUCAUCGUACAUGAUCCUAAUGCUCUGGCUGGCCAGACUGGUCCUGACCACGCUCUUAUAGGAGGAAUAGUGGCUGUAGUUGUAUUUGUCACGCUGUGUUCCAUAUUUCUGCUCGGUCGGUAUCUGGCAAGACAUAAAGGAACAUAUUUAACAAAUGAAGCUAAAGGAGCCGAAGACGCACCAGACGCUGACACAGCCAUUAUCAAUGCCGAAGGCAGCCAAGUCAACGCGGAAGAGAAAAAAGAGUAUUUCAUUUAAAUGCAGGCCAAGAUUCUGAGUUUUCCUUACCAGGCUGGCUGCUGGAGAAAACUGGCUAUCAUCUCUCAGAAUUCAUUUCUACCAUCUUCUGCUACCUUUAUUAACUCCCAUACUGUACUGCUAUCAGUAGCCAGUGUAAACCAACAAUCAGCUGUUGAAAGCAUCAUUCUUUAAUUACUGUACCAUCCAUAUGCAGGACAUUUCUUACUGCCUAAAUUUCACACCCUUGCUCUUUUAACAUACAGUGCUUGAAUAUACAGCCUUAACAAUGUUCAUCAUCUCCUUGGAUCAUGAUAUUGAGUUGUUUUUAUACAUUAAAAAAAUAUGCAGAGAUUCUCCCCCCAUUCUUUUUUUCUUUAAGUCAUAGACCUUAUCAGUUUGUCAUUGGACAGCUUUCACAAGUAAUAGGAUUCAGUGAAGACCUAAUGUACUUUAGUUAAAUUGAAGAUUAGAGGUUUACAAAUAAUGUUUUCUACAUGUUUGUAUUCAAAGACAACAUGUUUUGGAAACAUAUACCCGAGAAAACAUAAAUUGAAAAAAAAAUCAUAGUGUAGUUUUUUGGAAUGUUUGCGAUUACACUGGUAAAGCUGUAUCAAUUUACUAUUAAAAUAUAGUACCUGAUACAUGAGCCAUGUGUAUGAAUUGCAACCAUGACAUGACAUCUUACACAGUUAUAUAGAUCCUACCAUCAGAAUAUUGUAGCUUAUUUACCAAUAAAUCAUUCCAAACAUUUUACUGCUUUGGGAGUAACAAAGAUUUCAUUCAUUUCUCUAAUUUGAUUCUAUAAUUUAUUUGCUCCAUUAAGACUCACCUGCCUAACAAAGUUGAAGUAUCCAUAGGGCACAAUUUUGAGACAUUUUAGUAUCUGUAUAUAGUGCAUAUAAUAAAUCCAAUUAAACAUUAUUUGAUACAUAUUUAACUUUUUGGCUGUAUGUAAUUCAGUCAUAAGUAAGCAUUUUCUAACGUCCAUUAUUAUCCCUUUAGAUAUUACUUAAACCAAUAUUAUAAGUAGAUAACAUGUAUUAGUAUUUUUGUCUGUAUGUCCUAGCACUGUUCAACAACAAAUUUUUCUAGUUCUUGUUAAUUUUUGUUAUACAAUGGAAGCACAAUGUUAUAAGGAAAGGUAAUUUUAAACUAACAACCAGUGCACAGCCUCAGGUUUUAAAUUACAACCAUAGUUGAAUAAUAAUCUAAAAAUAAACUUUUAGUUUGCUAAAAAUUUACAAAUUUUAAUUUGGCAGUUCCAGAGCUGCUUACCUAUGUUGGUUUGCCAAAAAGAGUGUUUCAGAUAUGUUUUCUGUAUAAAUGAACUAAUUCUUUAUAUUCAAUUCCUGUCUAUGCAUUUUGUGAGGUACAAACUUAUGAAACAGUGAGUGAUAGAGAAUUUCUGCCAUGCUUUUAACUCCAAAGUAAAAGUCUCUUUCUCUGGAUUAUUUUAAGAUUUUGGUGUAUUUAACCAUGAAGAAAUGCUGUCUUCUUAAAUAUGACACAGAGUCAAUCUAAAGUCUUCUUAUUUCUUCUAGUAAAACACACUAUUGUUAGAUUAGUUCUCAUGAGAUUUAUUGUAUGCUACAGAAUUAAAAUCCAGUUAGAUAAAAAAUAUUUUCCCAUUUACAAGCAUUGCACCUUUAAGAAAAAAUCAAAUACGAGAAUAUGGUAGCUAUACUUGUGUUAUCUGACAGCAUGAGGGCCUAAGGUUUUAAAAAUAAUAUCUUGGAAUUUAUUUUUGGGGAAUGAGAAUGGUUGAGUACAACAUCGUGUAUUACUAUCAAAUGAAAGAUAAGGGUGCUGUAUCUUAGAUUAUUUAUCAGGAAAGUAUAACUCUUUUAAGAAUAAUGUUAGAAGUUUUACAUUUUUUGGAUUGUGGAAGCAUUUACUUUGUUGAUUUCCUACAAAAGAAAAAAAGGACGAUGUCGGUCAAGCAGCACUUUUUCAGAAUAUACAGAACAUAAAUACUAUGAUGUGGUUGAGUGUUAACAUAAUAAAUCAUAUACAGUAUGACAUUUUAAG